AUGCUCGAGACCAGUAGUGAUGACCUGUUCCUGCCCACCUGCCAAGAUGAGGUGCUGGUGGACAACCUGCUGGCCAGUGAGGACCUGGAUGGGGACGAAGCAGGCCUCUCCCUGGCCAAGGCCUUGCUUCCCCUGGUCGAGUGUGCCUCCACCUCCCCCAUCCCCUGGGUCUGCUCCACCCGCUACAAGACGGAGCUCUGCACCAGCUACUCUACUACUGGUUCCUGCAAGUACGCCGAGCGCUGCCAGUUUGCCCACGGCCUCCCCGAGCUCCACAUUCCCUUCCGCCACCCGAAGUACAAGACUGAAUUGUGUCGCAGCUUCCACACAACUGGCUACUGCUACUAUGGCAGCCGCUGUCUGUUUGUCCACAACUCCACUGAGCAGCGCCCUGUCCUCCGCCGCCGCAGGAACAUCCCCUGCCGCACCUUCCGCUCCUUUGGCAUCUGUCCCUUCGGCACUCGCUGUAACUUCCUGCACAUUGAGGGAGAAGAGGCUGGAGAUACUCCUGAUGUUUGUCUGAAGACUCCCUCGGCUCUCAGCCCCCAACUCCAAUCACAGACCAAGGAGUGGAAGCCUCGAGGAGCUCUGUGCCGUACCUUCAGCUCCUUCGGUUUCUGCUUGUAUGGUACACGCUGUCGCUUCCAGCACGGCCUCCCCAACAAGACCAAAACCUUUGACCAGAGUCCAGGAGGAUCCCUAUACACUAAUCCAUCUGUUGGCAGUUCAGGUUUACCUUCCCCCGCUUUUUUUAGUUCCACCCCAAACUCUUCAAGCUCCUUGUCUCCUCCAUCAACCUCUCCUCUCACCACCCCGCCUGCAGAGGCCAUAGCCAACAAUGCCUUCACCUUCUCCAGCCAGCACCUGAGUGACCUGCUGCUGCCAUUGGCUCUUCACCUGCAGCAGCUGGAGACCAGCCAGGCCCAGCAGAUAUGGGACAACAGGGCCGUUUAA